AUGAAUGACUAUGGUGGCAUUAGUUAUUGUGGAGAAGAAACCACAGGAACCUGCACACGUGAAAGUAUCACGGAUGCAACUGUGGAAACAGUUGGUGAUCGUUUCUUGAUCUCUAUUAUCACUAAGGAGAACGAAAUAGUCGGUGAUCUGAAGUUUGGUUUGGCAUCUGGUACUGCACAGUUGUUUUCAGACCUUCAAAGAACACCGGAAGGGGGACUAAAUCAGGCUGUCAACGGAAAGAACAUUUUUGAAGUGACAGAGGAAAUGCGCAAUGGAUUUUCUGUGCUUGCUGCUGUAUUUGUAGCAGGCAGCUUCAAUAUUACCGACACAGGAACCUGCACACGUGAAAGUAUCACGGAUGCAACUGUGGAAACAGUUGGUGAUCGUUUCUUGAUCUCUAUUAUCACUAAGGAGAACGAAAUAGUCGGUGAUCUGAAGUUUGGUUUGGCAUCUGGUACUGCACAGUUGUUUUCAGACCUUCAAAGAACACCGGCUGUCAACGGAAAGAACAUUUUUGAAGUGACAGAGGAAAUGCGCAAUGGAUUUUCUGUGCUUGCUGCUGUAUUUGUAGCAGGCAGCUUCAAUAUUACCGACACAGGGCCGCCAACAUGCUGGGAACCAUGGGGAGAGUGGUCCGCCUGCGAUACUGGAUGUAAAUCUGUUACGGUUUCAAGGACCAGAAAUAGAAACUGUUCUGAUGACACCAGAUGUACCUGCACAGAGAGUAAAGUGCAGGAGUUGGCAUGUGAAUCGGACUGUUCUACACACGUGCGAGACCUGUUAUGGAAUGCGAUUUUCCGCUGCCUGCUUGAGUUCAGGGACUGUGUCAUUGGUGAAACAUGUGUCUGCGAGGAGGGCUACAAGAUGGAGGACGGCAAAUGCAUACCUAAAGAAGAGUGCGGAUGUUACGACAGUGAGGGGAAAAAAUACAACGAAAAUGAAGUUUACCCAUCACCAUCCGGAAGCCCAUGUGAAGAAUGCAAAUGUAACAAUGAGAAGAAAUUUGUCUGUGGACCUAAGGCUGCAUGCUGCGACUGGGCUGAAUGGACAUCGUGGGAUGAUUGCAAUCCAUCAUGCGGAGUGAAUGCAACAAAAUCGAGGACAAGGGUGUCACAGAGCGCAGUUACGUGCGAUAAGCAGAACCCAGAGACAGAGACCGCCGAUUGCGUUGUACCACUAUGUCCCUGUGAUUAUCAGGGUGACAUCAUCAAAAGCGGCACUACUGUCGAUGAGGAGUGUUUCACUGUGAAAUGCGAAGACGGAAACGCCACCAAGGUUCCCAAAUCACCAAUUGAUGGUACGUAUAAGGAGUGGGCCGAAUGGUCAACCAUCACUUGUAAUGGAAAGAUGUGCAGGGACAGGAACAUGACAAGACAAAGAGAGUGCGAUGGCCCUAAAUGCGACGGCAAGGAAUGUGAAAACGGCCCCAGAGAAGUGGAGACAGAACCUUGUGGAACUGCCGAAUGCUGCGAUCCUGUAUGGACUGCUUGGACAUCUUGCAGUAAGGACUGCAUCAAGGAUGGUGAAGCUUCAGGUAUCAAGACAAGGAACUUCACAAUCGCAAAUCCCGACGACAAGAGCUGUCAAAUUACUGAGCAGACCCAAGAACCUUGCGGAGAACCCUGCUAUUGCAACAAGUAUAUAUGGAGCGAAUGGACAACAUGUGAAGGCACAUGUGGACUUCAGAAUGUCACAAGAACACGUGAUACACAAAAUGAUGUGAGGUGCGAACACUUGGAUAAAUUGGAGACCCGUGAUUGCUACGAGGAACCAUGCAUAUGCGACAAAGCCAACGAAGAGUAUAGUAACUACACCUACUGCCAAAUGACUUGUGAAGACAGGAGCCCGAGGGACAACUGCGAGUCCCCUCCAAAACCUGGUUGUAUGUGCACCAACAACACCAUGAGGCGUGGUGCAGAUUGCGUCACGAUCGAGGAAUGUCUAGACUGUGUGUAUAAUGGCAAAAUUUAUAAGAACGGAGAAAGCAUCACAGAUCCAGCCGAUAACUGUACCAAGUUCAUCUGUGAAGAAGGCGAGCCAAUGCCUACUGAUAACUGUGUAAAGUCAUGCAAUUCCGACACCGAAGAUAUGAUUCUUGCUCCCGAAGGUUCUUGCUGCAAGUAUGAAUGCAGAAAGAAGACAUGUCAACCCUCUCCUGAAAAGGUCACGAUUGGCGUUCAGGGCUGUGUCGACAGCUUUGAGGUAGAGCAGUACUCCUGCAAAGGUGACUGCGGUCCUAGUACUGUCACCUUCGACGUGACUAAUAAUAACGCGAUGGUGAAGGAGUGCAGAUGUUGCAUCCCUGUCGAGACGUCACUCAAGAACUACACCGUCACCUGCACUGACUCUUCUUCCCGUACCAUCAGCAUCAGGGAAAUCACCAGCUGCUCUUGUAACAUGUGCAUGUAAAGCAGAGGUAACCAGUCUAGGAAUAUGUUGAAACAAAGACUGCAGUGCUCGCUAUACAGCGCCAGCAUUAUUAAUUUAUCUAUGUAUUUUUGAAUUGUAAUUUGAAAAGUGAAUAAAAUAUGCAUAAUUAUAUAAA